UUCCGAGGGAGCUGCGCCGUCCUCGGCCCCGCGGGGUCCCACCGCACCCGAGAGGAUGGAGAGCCUCUCCCGACGCCCCAGCAGGGCCCGCGAUCCCACGCUGGCCGGCCCUCGCUAGCUGCUCGAAAUUUGCAUUUUAUCCGCCACCUAGGCCUUGUCUGCUGAGUCAGUGGCAUUGUGGUACCAAAGAAAUGGAAGAAAAGGAGCGAUGUGACCGACUCCGUUCGGUCCUCCUGCCUUGAGGCCUAUUUGGCAUUUGCAGAAAGGAAAAUACAGCAAGAAAAUCGUGUUUUUUUGGAAGGGGUAGAAGAGGAGGGUGGAAGAAGGAAAACAAGGUCUUAGAUUUUAUAUGAUUUUUUUAAACUUCUGCACUUCGACAGUGGUGGCAAAAUACACUAAAUCCAAAAGUUAUCUUUGUUUUGAGAAGAGGGGGAUUAUUGUUCCUUUUGAUUACAACCUUUUCUCCCCGUGACAAAGCAUAAAUCAUGGACAGCAGAAAAUAAGGUAGACCCCAGGAAUCCUGCAAAAACUGAGAAGCUUACAUUCCUCCUCAGGAGGGAAGAGUGGGGUGUUUUUAGCCCUCUCUGGAACCUAAAACGAAAAACAUGAGUUGCGUGCCAUGGAAAGGAGACAAGGCCAAAUCCGAAUCAUUGGAGCUGCCCCAGGCUGCACCCCUACAAAUCUACCAUGAGAAACAGCGUAGGGAGCUUUGUGCUCUGCACGCCCUCAAUAACGUCUUCCAGGACAGCAAUGCCUUCACCCGGGACACGCUGCAAGAGAUUUUCCAGAGGUUGUCUCCAAACACCAUGGUGAUGACCCCCCACAAGAAGAGCAUGCUGGGAAAUGGGAACUACGAUGUGAACGUCAUUAUGGCAGCACUUCAAACCAAAGACUAUGAAGCCGUUUGGUGGGACAAGCUCAAGGAUGUCGGAGCCAUUGCUCUCACUAACGUUAUAGGCUUCAUGAAUCUGCCCUCCAGCCUGUGUUGGGGUCCACUGAAGUUGCCACUCAAAGGGCAGCACUGGAUCUGUGUUCGAGAGGUGGGAGGUGCCUAUUACAACCUCGACUCCAAACUGAAGACUCCCGAAUGGAUGGGACGCAAGGGCGAGCUCAGGAAAUUUCUAAAACAUCUUUUGCGAGGAAAGAACUGUGAACUCCUGCUGGUGGUACCAGAAGAGGUGGAGGCCCAUCAGAGUUGGAGGGCUGAUGUGUAACACAGUUCUACCCAGCCUUCCCUCACCUCAAACCCCGAAAUCCUCUGUGAUGUGCUGUGGCCUCUACAGUGGGUCUGCCCUUGCCAUGUCCCCAAACAUCUCAACGGGUUUUCCCCCUCAGGUCUGACAGUGCAAUAGGACAGACGUGUAGACUGUUACAGAACCAACCAGUGUUACUUGUUCUGGGAAAGGAAAGUGGGAGCUCUGUGUGCUUAGGGCAAGUUAUGGAAGACUUUUGUUUUAUUUAAGAGAGGAGAAAGAAAGGUGGG